GCCCCUCUCAACGUCACCAGCCAGUGGUUUUUCGGGUUGAUCUGACUUCUUUUGGCUGCCGAGAGUUCACUGUAUUGUAAAGGGUACUGUGAAUCCUAGAGGAGGAGGGGGGGGUUGAUUAGCCAAAAAUUCUCCCGCUUGGGUACACAUCCGGAGUCUCGACGAUUAUAAUUUAUCGCACCCUUUACCUUUUAAGAUACUGGGCUUUAUUGUUUUUAUUAAUUUAUUCUAUUUCUCUUAGUUUAUGGUUUACGUUAACACUCCGGGAGGGCAGAAAUGGCGGCCAACAUGUACCGGGUCGGAGAUUAUGUAUUCUUUGAGAACUCCUCCAGUAACCCUUACCUGAUCCGGCGGAUAGAAGAACUCAACAAGACGGCCAGUGGGAACGUGGAGGCCAAGGUGGUUUGUUUCUACAGAAGACGAGACAUCUCCCACAGCCUCAUCCAGCUUGCAGACAAACAUGCAAAGGAGUUGGAAGAAGAGAAGGAGAGCCCGACAGAGACAGACCUAACAGAAAAACAGAAACACCAGCUUCGCCACAGAGAGCUCUUCCUCUCCCGGCAGUAUGAGAGUCUACCUGCGACACACAUCAGGGGAAAGUGCAGUGUCGCAUUAUUGAACGAGACUGAAGCUGUUCUUUCAUACCUUGACAAAGAGGAUACAUUUUUUUACUCACUGGUGUACGACCCAACACAGAAGACCCUGCUGGCCGACAAAGGAGAGAUCAGAGUGGGGCCACGCUUUCAGGCAGAUGUACCUGAAAUGCUACAAGAGGGUGAGGCAGAUGACAGGGACCAGUCCAAGCUGGAAGAGAAGCUGUGGUAUCCAGAGUGUCCACUUACCAGCAAACAGAUAGACCAAUUCCUAGUGGUGGCACGGGCGGUUGGGACCUUUGCUCGAGCGUUGGACUGCAGCAGCUCGGUUAGACAGCCAAGCUUACACAUGAGUGCAGCUGCUGCCUCACGAGAUAUCACACUGUUCCAUGCGAUGGACACGUUGCAUCGUCAUAAUUACGACCUGUCUAGUGCACUGAGUGUACUGGUCCCAGCGGGCGGCCCGGUGCUCUGCAGGGAUGAGAUGGAGGAGUGGAGCGCCUCGGAAGCUGCCAUGUUCGAAGAGGCACUAGAAAAAUACGGAAAAGACUUCAACGACAUUCGACAAGACUUUCUGCCAUGGAAGUCUCUGACUAGCAUCAUAGAGUACUACUACAUGUGGAAGACCACAGACAGAUAUGUGCAACAGAAGAGACUGAAGGCAGCAGAGGCAGAGAGCAAACUGAAGCAGGUUUAUAUCCCCACAUAUAACAAGCCCAACCCCAACCAGAUCUCAGUGACUAAUGGCAAGAUGGCGACAGUGAAUGGAGCGGGCCCUGGGGCCUACCAUGCAGCAGGCGGGGGCAGAGCCUGCGAGAGCUGCUAUACCAUGCAGUCAGCCCAGUGGUACUCAUGGGGGCCUCCAAACAUGCAGUGCCGCCUUUGCGUUUCCUGCUGGAUGUACUGGAAGAAGUACGGAGGCCUGAAGAUGCCAAGCAGAGCAGAGGCCCCAGAGGAGAGGACCUCCCCCAGUCCAGCAACCAAUGAGCCUCGCUCACGGGGUCAUGCUCCUCGCCAGUCCAACCACAUGGUGCCGAUGCGAAACAGCGGCAGCCCCAAGUCCUCCAUGAAGACCAAGCAGGCUUUCCUGCUGCAGGCCACCCGCCUCACCAAGCUGGCCCGGCAUAUGUGCCGUGACAUCAUCAGGCUGCGCCGUGCUGCGCGCCGGCCCUUUGUCCCCAUUAACUGUGGGGCCAUAAAGGCAGAGUACAUGUUAAGGGUGUCGGAAGGGCAGGGGACUCGCCUACCCAAAACCAGAGCCGCGCAAAGGAGCACUCUGACCAGUGUUCUGCAGUUUCUAGAGUCCCGUCCGGCAGCCCACACCCCUCGCUCCCACCGCACCCCGGGCCUGCAGACGCCUCCCCCUCGACGCCUCCUCUCCUCUCUCCCACACGGCCCCCACGGCAUGCUGGGAAAACGCAGUUACCAUCACCACAGCAGGGCUGAGCCUGACAGACGCUCAGAUAACCCUGGUACCACAGGUGGACCCCUCCUGCAUAACGGCCGCAGCAGCAGCAGUGGAAACACCCGAGGUGGAGUGAUGAUCCGCAAGAGACGCCCCAACUGGAUCGAUGCCCCUGAUGACAGCUUCUUCCUUGUCACCCGGGAGACCAGGAGGGCCAGACGACUGCUGUCCCGCUCCCAGCUGAGGCAUGCUUGUCGGCAGCCAUGCGAGCAGAUUACCCUGCGCAGGGUCAGCCAGGGCCCGCCGCAGGGGCUCGUCCUUGCCCCUCCGCACCCUCACCCCAGCCUGAGGAUGCGAGGCCCCAUCGUUAUCCACGACUAACCCAACACGGACCCUCUGACACCCUUGCUGCAUACACACUAACAAAUUCUCACCUCCUAUUCUCCUUCUUUAUUCCUUAAAAUUCCCUUUUCCCUAAAAAUGCUGUUAUAGUCCUGAACACUUAAACAAGCUGUCUAACUGUUUGGCAACAGAAGGAUGUCAUGAGCCGUGAUGCAAUAGAAACUUACACCUGACCUGACUGCAAGUGCUGCCUGUCUUUAAUCCUGGGAAUGUGUUUGUAUGUGUAAAUACUGUAUUUGGGUGCAUGCUAGUGAGUGAGUGAGCGUGUGUGUGUGUGUGUGUGUGUGUGUGUGUGUGUGUGUGUGUGUGUGUGUGUGUGUGUGUGUGUGUGUGUGUGUGUGUGUGUGUGUGUGUGUGUGUGUGUGUGUGUGUGUGUGUGUGUGUGCAAUCAUGCCAACAACAUGAAUGAGCGAGGUAAUGUUGACGUGUUCUGUUCUUCAUUUUUAUGGAUGGACUUAACGACAGAACUUUGUGUGACUUUUUUGUGUCGAUGGUGAAUUGAUGUGAAGUUCUAUCAGUUUGUAUAAAGUUAUUUUGGGUGGGGGCAUGGGGCUGGAUUAGGAUGGGGUGGGGCCGGGGGUAUGGGAUUGCGUUUGUGGGGACUGAGGUUCUUUUAACAAUGAAGAAGAGGCAAAUGUCCAACGCUGACGUAAAAAAGAAAAUGCACUAUAUGUAGACUGAACUAGCAGCCCUUUUUUUUUUUUUUAACGGCUGCUUUGAAUUGUGUUUUACCUGUAUUUUUUUCACGCUCUUCUUGAAGUUUAUAUCAAUGAGCUGAAGCUGGUGUUGAAAAAUGAUGAUCUGGAGACAUUAUUUCACAAAAAGCUGUCAGUUAUUCAUGACAAAUCUGCAGGUCUGAAAAUAUAACAAGGCAAAGAAAUAGAGAGCUAGCUUACAUCAAACAGCAAAAGCCUCCCUUAUGAACCAGUGUAUUAUAUAUUGUAUAUCUCAUUAAAGCACUGUAAAUCUACUCAUCCUAUUUCUAUGGCCGACUGUACCUACCUAGCCCUGACAUGGGUACUAAAGCACUUCCUUUGCAACAGAAAGGGCAUGGAUCUGUCAUAUCUUCCUGGAGGCUGUGAUGUACCGGCAAUAUUUUGAGGCAAAGAAGAGCAACUUUGCCAGCAGCUGUUUGCUCAUAUUCAAUUUCUUCAUUGUUCUUAAAAAGCCAUCACUCAAGUUUAUCCUGUUUUCAGACAUGUCUCUCUCUCUUCUGCAUGUUGCCAGAGGGCAUUGCCUCAAAAAGUUGCCCAUCCAGCCUUCAGGUGUGUUUAAUUAUGAGUUUUAAAACUGGCAUCGCCGCAGCAUGUCCUUGAGGUGAGAGCCUCCGCUGAUGAUUUCUUCUCUUUCAUUCAGAAUGUUUAUGUUAGUGUUUCCUGUAUGUCAUGUGUUGAAUUAUGAAUAUGCUGAGAAUAAUAAUAAUAAUAAUAAUAAUAAAAACAACACAAUGCCGGA